AUGGCGGCGGGGCUCCCGGCGGUGCUGCUGCUGACCCUCUGGCCGAGUAGGACUCGCGCUGCGUGCAGGGACCACACCACCUGCACCGCCUGCAUCGCCGACGCCUGGGGUGACUUCAGCUGCCUGUGGUACGUGGGCCCCUACUCGACCUACGGCACGUGCCUCACGGGGCAGGUGGGCGCCAGCCCCGCGCCCCCCGACACCGGCGACGCCAGGGCCGGCUCCUUCUCCGUCUGGACGGGCCACCAGUCGUACACGUUGUACGACGUUGACGAGUUCUCCGAAGGCAGUUGCUCCAUCAGGACUGGCGAGCUGGAGCCCGAGUGCGGGCCGGGCACGGCGGUCGUCAGCAACACGCCCUACUACGGCACUGGCACCUCCUACCCGGAGUACCGGAACCUGAAGUGUUGCCACCAGCAGCGCAACAUGGACGGCUUCCUGCGCGGCUUCGAUGCCAUCAACGGCGUUGUCAGCGGCGACGUGUACUUCGCAACCUGCUGCAGCUCAUGCCCGCUGGGCUCGGAGAACGUGGAUUGCGACGUGACCGCCGUAACCAGCGGCGACGGCGAGUGCCAGUUCUGCCCCACGGGCAAGUACAACGACAUCGUCACAAUAGGGAGCACGUGCAAGACCUGCCCGCCGUGCGAGCCGGGGGCGGCGCGGGAGUGCGGCGGGGCGGUGGAGGGGAGCUGCGUGGAGUGCGUGGCGGGCAGCACGUACAAGGAGGCCGGGCUGGAGGGCAGCUGGAGCCAGGUAUGCGGUCCUUGCGAAGGCUGCCGGGCAGGCUACCAGCGCACCGGGUGCGGCCCCGUGAGCCAGGGCCGCUGCGAGCCGUGCCCGCAGGGCGAGUACUUCGCGUCGCCCAACUGCAGGGCGUGUAGCGCGUGCGUCAGCUUCGGCCGGAUGGGCUGCGCCCUGCUUAGCGAGGGGAUGUGCCCGCCGUGCGCUCACGGGAAGUGGGGCUCCAGCGCGCAGUCGUGCCAGGUCUGCCAGACGUGCGGCGGCGAGCCGGUGACCGACGUGGCCGUCAACGGCCUGACACUCUCUGGUCCGAUGCAGCGCGCCGGCUGCGGCGGCGGGGCGGGCGGCGAGUGCGUGCGCCUGGCGGCCGCGCUGGGCGACUGGGAAGCGGGGGCGCUGUGCCCCACCGCCAGCUGGAACCAGACCGUGUGCCAGGGCGUGCGCCCGCGCUUGCGUUGGGUCCUGCAGGGACUGGCCGCGGAGCAGCUGGGGGUGGCUGGCGGAAACUGCACGGCCGAGGCGGGCCUGUGCCUGACCGGGCUGUGGAGUGUCUCGCUGCAGCGGAGAACGGCGUUGGCCCCGUCGGGAGAGACCGCGCGGGAGCUGCAGGAGUGGUGGGCCCCAGACCUGGAGCCCGACGACGCCGGCGCGGGCCUCCUCGCCUUCGAGGAGGUGCUGCCGGCCCUGGAGGCGGGCCUGCCCGCGGGGGGCGGCUACUUCCUCCGCCUCGACCUCGUCGACCGCGGGGGCAGCUGGUCCGACGCGUCCCCGGUCUCCGCGGUCACCGCCGACUUCGCGCUGGCGGAGCCCGCGGCCGCCGUGGAGGCGGCCCUGGGGGAGGCGGCCGCCGCCAUGGCCCUCGGCGACCGCGGGGCCGCGGUGGAGGCUGCCGCGGUGGGCUGCUCGGCCGGGUCGCCGUGGCCCGCGGAGGUCACGCAUUGGGGAGACGUAAGACUCGGGUACGGGGGACUCGGGUUGGCCUGGCGAGGCCGUCAAGAAAAUGACGAGACUCAAUCUGAAAUUUGA